AUGGUAUGGUAUAAAUCUAUCCGACCUGUGGUGCUUGCCGCAUCAGCACUAGCCUAUGGUGCCAACAAAGCAGCAUUAUUAGACGACGGAAGCAAGAAUGAACGACGUCCCUAUGGUGCAGCGCUUACUAUGGAAGAAAAAAGAAAAAAAGCAAAACAAGCGAUAAAACGGCAAAUGGUCAUUGCUGGUAUACCAGGACUUUCUGUGGGAGUGAGCGUUGAUGGUCGAGUGGUAUGGCGCGAUGGUUUCGGUUUCGCUAAUGUGGAAAGUAGAAGUCGCUGUACAGAGAACACAGUGAUGCGGAUUGCAAGUAUUAGUAAACCUAUCACAGCGACUAUAGCAGCAAGACUUGCACAGAGCGGUAAACUCGAUUUAGACAAACCUAUUCAGGAAUAUCUCCCAAACUAUCCACAGAAAAAGUUCGACGGCAAGCCAGUGACAAUAUCCGUGCGUCAACUUUUAUCUCAUACUGGAGGUAUAAGACACUACAAAAAAGAGGAGAAGGACAAACUGGACCCUGAUGCUUUUGUAAGCAGCGACUCGGAAGCAAAAGAAUUUUAUUCAAAUGUGUGUUGCAAGAAUAUGGAAGAAUCAUUAGCAAUGUUCCAGAAUGAUGAUCUGAUUGCUAAACCUGGAAUGAAGUUCAGCUACUCGACCUACGGAACUGUUCUUGUGAGUGCUGUACUCGAAAAAGCAUCCGGGAAGGAAUACAAGAAGUUGCUGGAGGAUCUGACUUUCCAGCUAGGAUUGAGGCACACGACCUUAGACGAAAACAAAAGAGUGAUUCCGGAUCGAACAAACUAUUAUGUGCGCAAUCGUAAACAUAUAUUGGAGAACUGUCCAGAAGUGGAUAAUUCUUGCAAAUGGGCAGGGGGUGGUCUCCUCUCCGACGUAAAUGAUUUGCUCACUUUCGCCAAUUAUAUUCUUUACAGUCAUCAAGCAGAUCCAAAUGCGAAAGACGCGUACCUCAGCAAGGAAGUGAUCGACAUGUUGUGGAAUGGCCAAGCUGCUGUCAAUGACAGAAUACUCGCUGGUCUAGGAUGGAUGCGUGUGAACAGCGACGACUUUGCUGGAGGCCAUCAGAAAAGCUCGCUUGGAGGGAUAUGGUACCAUACAGGAGCGGGGGUUGGUGCAUCAUCGGUCCUACUCAUCCGCCCGAAGAAUUCCGCCGACAACAAACCUCCUUCUGGAGUAUGUGUAGCCAUGCUGUGCAACCUCCAGGAUACUUCAUUGCUCAACUUGGCAAAAGAAAUCGAAGAAAUAUUCAGAGAUUAACCUAUCUAUGCUUCACUAACUGCCAUGUAGUUCACCCAACAGUCAUACUGUGAUAGAUUCACCGGUGAUCGCAGGCAGCUGGGCAGGGAGAAACUGCAGG